AUGACCUUAUUGUUGAAUGAGUUAUUUCAAAAGGAUAAAAAACAUAAUAAUGAGGACCCUCAAUUAACGGAAAGAAAUUCAAAAAUCCCACGUAUCGACGAUUCAUCAGAUGAUAAAUCAUCACGUUCAUUACCGCUGUCUUCUUCAAAUUGCAUGUCUGAAGAACCACUUGAAAUUAAAGAUGUUUUGGAGAGGGAUUUCGUCAAAGAUAUAUUUAACGUAUCUCAAGUUUUCGAAGAUUUCGCUCCAUUAAUUAAAACAUUCCUUUCAAUAGGAAAAGAGAUUAUGGAAAUAUAUGAACUAGCCGAACAUCAUAAAGAAUUAUGUGGUUUUCUUUUACAAAGGUGUAAUUGCGCCAUGGCCGCGGUACAAGAUUUAAAAAUUAGAAAAACGGAAAAUUUAAAAUUUUUCUCCAAAAAGGAAAAUAAAAUUUUAUUUGAAGGAUUUAUUAAUUGUAUACGUGAUAUUAAAAACUUUAUCAAAAAGAUCAGUCAUUUAAGUAAAUUUAAGAGAUUAUUUUACGCAAAUAAUAUUGAAGAAAAUUUUACGGAUCUUUUAACGAAAUUUGAUGGGUACAUGAAAAGUUUAAAUUUUUCUUUCACCAUACAAACUAGAGUUGAAGUUUCAACCAUAAGAUGUGACCUUAGUCAAAUUAAAGAGAUCUUACUUCGCGUUUAUGGUUUACCUGAUGAUAAAAGUUUUUUAAAUAGAAUGGAAUUGGUAUCAGAGAAAAAUAAAGAAUUUCAAGAACAAAGCAAACUACCCCAAAGUUUACAUUCAAUUGAAGUGAAUGAAACAUUACUUGACGGAAGUCAUUAUCAACAAACGAAUGUUUGUCCUUCCAAACGAAUUCAUAAACGUUCAUCAAUUCAUGAGAAUAUUGAUUAUACGUUUAGUGAAAUUGAUAAGAUUUCUUCAUUUGACCAUUCUCAAAUUAGAAGGCAAGUUAAUAUUCUUAAGGAAUUAAAAGACUCCGAAUAUAUUAUCAAAUUUUUUGGUUUAGCGGAAGAAAAUUCUAAAUAUUAUUUGGUUACUGAAUGGAUGGAAUACGGUAAUUUAAGUGAAUAUUAUACAAGAUUUAAAGAAAAUAUGAAUUGGAAAUUUAAAACUGAAUUGGCCCUGGAUAUUUGUCGCGGUGUCGCUUACUUACAUGAGUGUAAGAUUCUUCAUCGUGACAUUCGUUCGACAAAUAUUUUAAUCAAUAAAGAUCAUAAAGCUAAAAUAGCAAAUUUCGGUUUAAGUAGGAAUUUUUCUGAACUUACAUCAGGGAAUCAAUCGCAUUUUGUAGAUACUGUGAGAUAUUUUGCUCCAGAAAAACUUUUUGAUAACGACAAAAAAGUUCCUUAUGAUUCUAAAUCAUUAUUGUGGGAAAUCGCUGAAUUGAAGAAACCUCAUUCAGACCUUGAUACAUCAAAAUUAAUUGAAGGUAUUUUAAAUCGUGUAUGCAAAGGAUAUCAUGAACCAUUUUCAAAUUCUGUACCCGAUGAAUGGAAAAACUUAGUUUCUAGAGCUAUGGAAUAUAAGUCUGUUUGGCGUCCCAAUAUAACUGAUAUUUGCGAAAAUUUAUAUGACUUAAAACAUUCAGAUUUAAAGACUACUUUUUCAAACGAGUACAUUAGAGGCUCAACAUCUAACGUAAAUUUAUUAGUAAAUAAUGAACUAAAUAAUGAACAGACUGAAAAGGUAUCUUCAUUUGUCAUCAUUAAAAUUCUAUCUAUGGAUGAUGCAAUUCGUGAGCAUUGUUCUAAGAACGGAAACAAACAGGUUGUAUGGGAUAGCUUUAAAUAUCAUUCAAUGGUCAAUAUUGAAGCAAGGUACUGGGUAGGAUAUUAUUAUUAUUAUCAUGGUGAAGAUAUUCCUGAAUUACAAAAUAUUAGUAAGGACGAAAGAAUUAAAAUUGCUAUAGAUAUAUUUAAAGAAACUGCAGAUAAAGGAAAUUUACUCGCUCGAGAAGAAUACGGAAAAUAUUUAUUGCGAAACAUUUAG